AUGAAUGGUGAUAGUAAGGUCCGUGCUUCACACUCAACCUAUUCGGUGCUUUCAAACUCCAAUAUCAGAACUGUCCAACCAAGAGCUCACUAUAAUAUGAUUUCUAGACGUUCACGGAGCCCAAGACUCGGAAGACAUGUUGAUAAUGAAGGAUCUUAUCAUACCAAUGUAAACAGUGGUCCAAAUCCAGAUGACAUAUCUAGACCUGAAUCUGAUUUCACUAACUAUCAAGAAUUUGAAAACUCAACCUUACCUGUUGAAGGAAGUAUUGUAUUUGGGGAAUGCCAUGAUGCCAUGCAAAGUUCUGCUGAAAUGAAAUGUCCUCUCUGUAGAGGAUCUGUAUCUGGCUGGAUUCCUGCUGGAGAUGUGAGACAGUAUCUAGACAAUAAGUUGAGAACUUGCUCUCACGAUUCCUGCAAAUUUACUGGAAACUAUGAGCAACUACGUGAACAUGCAAGGACUGCACACGUGCUUACAAAGCCUGCUCAUGUAGAUCUGUCAAGAAAAAGAACUUGGGAUCGCCUUGAGCAUGAGCAGGAGGUCGGCGAUGUCAUCAGUGCAAUCAGGUCCCAGGUACCUGGGGCAAUAAUAGUUGGUGACUAUGUUAUUGAGACUAGAGAUGACAUGUCCCCAGACAUAGACUCCGGCGAUGAAAGUAGUGAAUGGUACUCAGACCAUGUUGAAUCACCAGAUAAUAUACUUGAUUCCCCAAGGGUUUGGCCAAAUGAAGCGCUAGGGUCACCUAGCAUUUGGUCAAAUGAAAGGCGUAAUUUGGCAAGGCUGCCACAGAACAACAGAGUUUCACCCAGGCUUUCAUUAGGCAGUAGGCGAACCUUGCAUUCAGGUUGGCAGGGGGGUCGUCGGUCAAGCAGACGGAGUCUACUGCAACGGGGCUUCUCAAAUCACCACUCUGGACACCGCAGCAACUCUCGUGGACAUCGUCACAUGCUUCUGGAUAGGUCCUAUGCUGGUGCCCGAGAUUCAGGGACUGGCAGGAGCCUAAAUCCGUCGGUGGUGCCAAGCAGGCGGCAGCGGCUGCGGUACACGCACAGAAGUCACUACUGA